AUGUUUAGAAAUAAACAUCAACGAGGAGGCGAGGCUGCAGCUUCCAACCAGAGCGGAGUUAACUCAUCAUCAUCGACGUCCACAGCAACACGACCACCACCACCAGUUCCAUCACAAACUCGUAUUCCCGAAGAUCUAUUUGCAACCUUCGAUUCACCCAUAGAAGAUCCAUUUUCAUCAUCACCAGCAACAACAAGUACAAAUCCUUCACCUCCUAAUCCACCAAGAUCCUAUCCAGCACCAGCUAGUUCCGAUUCGACAUUGUCAUCAUUCGCAUUGCAAGCUCCGUAUGAACGUGCAACAGACUCUGCUAAUACUGCGGGGGAUCAAAUCGUCGAUGACAAGAAAGAAGCCGUGUUUAUCAUUGGAAACUAUGCCGUUGAACCUUUAGAAAUGUUGCAUCUCGUUGAUCGUUGGAUUCAACAACUUCUCAGUGAAUUUCACCAACAACGUGACAUAUUCAAGCAUCGUCUGAGUGACAAAUGGCAAAAUGAAGAACUAUCAAAUAUUCAGUAUGACAAUAACGAUCGAAUACGCAAAAUAUAUCUUGCGUUCAAACAGUUACAAACAGCACGUGACACAAUCUUAUCCCGCGAAGCGUUUGACGAUUUGAAUAAUUUUUUGCGCAACGCUGAAGAAUUGUCCAUGGAAGAGAUGAAGGAGAAAUUCAAUUCACUUGCCAACGAGUAUGGAAAAAUCUUACGUUGUUUAGAUUUUAUCGAUCGAGAAGUCCGAGCUGGUCCUACGCGAAGUGACAACUAUCUCAGUGAAAUCGAUAGAAAUCUUUCGAAAUUAAAAAAAUUAAACAGUAAAAUGUCCAGUACAAUUUGUAUUAUCGGUCUCGAAAAAGCCGGCAAGUCGACAUUUAUCAAUGCAUUACUCGGCUAUGAGCUUUUACCAGCAGCCAGCGAACGUUGUACACAAGUACGUACUGUUCUUAAACCACUGGUUGAAGAUGGUGAAAAACGAUUGUAUGCCAAAGUUCAGUUCUACGACGAGCAAGAAUUUCGUACGUUUCACGAGCAAAUGCCCAAGAAAACCGAUGAAAAUGAAGAACAAUUACAGGCUCGUAAACGACAAGUGGCUGAAGCACGAGAAAGUCUACGAGAGAAAUUUCCGGAAGAACAAUUCUUUAUUCAAAAUUCAGCCAGUUAUGAACGGGAACGUAUGGCUAUUCACCAAGAGCUGCACAGAUAUAUAACCGGUGAGUUAUAUGUGAACAUCAUCAAAGAAAUUGCCAUUUACACCGAUCGACUUCCUGGCAAGAAUUACGAGCUGCUCGAUGUUCCGGGCUUCGAUUCUCCGAUCAAAGAACACCGUGAUGCUGGCUUAGAAGCAAUAAAAAAUGCCGACGCAUUUCUGUUCUUAACAAACGGUCAGCAGCCAAGUCUUACGCAACCACAAAUUCAGCUGUUGAAUGAAAUUCGUCAGAAUCAUUUCGAAGCGAUGGAACGUGCUUUUGGUAUCAUAACUAAAUUAGAUCUUUGUCAAACGUCAGACACUUUCAAAGAACAUUAUCAAAAUUCUCAUCGCGAAUUGAUUGAAAAAGGUUUUAAGCCUGAACAUAUCUUCUGUACCUGCUCACGUUUACAAUUAUUGGAUCCGAACUGUGAAGAGUAUGGAGUGAUCGAAUAUAAGAUGAAGAAUUUUGGUGAAGGUCUCGACGACGGUUUCAAGCGAAGCAAAGAUGCAUUGAAUCGAUUUAUUGAAUUCGAAUUGCCGAAGACACAUUUAAAGCAAUUGAUCGACCUGGGACGAAUGCAUUUAACUCGUCCCGUGGCCGAACGUUUGGAGAAGAUUAAAGAGAAACAGCUUUUACCAGUUAAUCUCGCCGAUAUGUCAAUCGAUGAUUACAUAAAACAACAAAAAACCGAAAGUUGGGACGGAGUCUACGAGAAAAGCAUCUUCAAUCCUGCAUUUGCUCAAGCUAAUUCUUGGCACACAAAGGUGGUCACCAAAGAACGUUCAAAGUUUGCUAAAACAGUUAAACAAAAGUUUCACGAUUCAUUUAUCGAUCGUACACAGAGUUUCCUCCAAACCACUCAUCCAAUCGAAGACAUCAUGUGCGAGCAAUUCGAAUAUUCGAAAUUGCAACUGAAUGUUCACCCAACUGACAAUGCUGAACGCGGCAAAUUAAGUGUAGAAUUAGAGAAGAUUGUCGACGACACAGCGAAUUACCUUGCCGACUAUUUCUAUCGAGAGUACAUUUGCGGAUUCGAAGUCAUCAUCAACAAUGUAUGCCCGUUUUUGAAAGAUCUCUUUAGAACCCAAUUAACGUUAGACAAGUGUUUGAACGAAACUCACGCGUUGAUUCUGCGUGUCGCCCGUCCAAUGAUCAUGGCCGCACUUCGUUAUUCGCAUUUGGAUUUACCUGUGAAACGUAAUGCAAUUCAGGAUUUGAUUUACAUUUCACCAACAGCGGCAGCCAAUAUCGUUCGUCACAAGAAGGAUAGCAAAUCGUCACUUGCGGUGGAGAUUGAAAGACAAGUUAAAGAUUUAAAUAGUCGACCUGACUUAUCAACACCGGUCAUUCAAAAACUUUUCGAUUGA